AUGCUCAUUUCCAAGUGCCUCAAGAUCUCCAGGGGUCCACUCCGCGCCGCGCGUGUGACCCCUUUCGAAGUCGACGUCACACCCAUCCCCGAGAUUAUGAGCGUCGCUGGUCGGAAUGGACCCUUGUCCCCCAGCUCUCUAGGCGGCGGCGAAUGGCCGAGCAACAAGUACGCAUCCGAAGACUCUCUUCCCACUGGUCGCGGGAACCUCGCCUCGCCACCGCUUUCAAGCGGCUCGAACCCGAACCCCGUCAUGAGCAUGAAUGGCUUCCCCUCUGGCCCGAGGAGCAAUGGGGGCGGGCCGUCGCCUCCAGCUUCGGUUGGCCGCUCCAGCACCUAUGCCCGCAGCGAUAGCGCCCGGAACAGCACUCGCGCCGAUCAGAUAGACGAUUCCGUCCUGCAGAACCAUUACCAUGCUUUGAAGCUUUUCUUGCAUGGACGCGAUCCCAAUGGGAAAAACCCACCGAACAAGGCUCGUGAUAAGCUGCUGCGCCUUUCGUCCGUGCAAUUCUACGAGCUCAGUACCGAUGUCUACGACGAGCUCAUCCGUCGGCAGAGCGCUGCCAGAGCACCGCCCAACGCCCCGAACGCGCCCCCCUCGUUUCUUCUGCCCGAAAAGACGUUUCACCCGAAACGAAAUCAAGCGCGCCAACGACUGUCUUCCUUAGGACCCCCUCGAUUCAGGGACCUCGCUACAGAUGUCUUUCACGAGCUUGAAAGACGAUUUCCUCGUUUCGUUGGCGCAGAGAUCCCGCGAGGGGUCAGCUCAAUAUCCAUGCGCGGACCUCCUGGCAGGACAGGGACCCCAUCUAGUGGCUACGGACCUGGCCCAGGCCCAGGCCCAGGACAAGGACCAGGCCAGGGCCCACGAGGGCCUCGCAUGCGACAGCCUUCUGAUGCUGGGUCACUGCGUGGCCCGCCGCCAUCCGACAAUUAUGGAGUUCCACCAUCACCUGGUCCGAAUGGGCCGCAAGGCUUCGGACACCCUAUGCAGAAGCAGCUAAACCAGAACAACACAAUUGUGCCCAACAAGAGCACAAUGGUUGAAGAUGAUGAUGAUGACGAUGGUGACUCCUACGCCCUCGGCAGUAACAGAGAGAGCAAGCGCAGUGCGGGUGGCUCAGAGACUGACAAGAAACUUAUUGAUGAGUACCAAUCACAAGUCAAAGAGUUGCGCGACAAGCUGGAAGGCAUGGAAGGAGCCAUGAAACAGAAAGAGGACGAGCUUCGCACAGCAUUGGAUCAGCAAGUCUCAAACGAGCAGAAGAAGGAAUGGGACGAUGCUCGGGCCGCUUUGGAAAGCCAGGUGACGGAUGCGCAGGCUUUGAAUGAUGAGAUGAGGCAAGAGCUCGAACGAAUGCGUCUUGAUCACGACGAGGAGAUGAGGCAAGAGAUUGGCCGACUGCGCCAGGACCACGACGAGGAGAUGAGGCAAGAGAUUGGCCGACUGCGCCAGGACCACGAUGAGGAGUCCCGCCAAUUGCGCCAGGCCCACGACGAGGAGAUGAAGCAAGAAAUUGGCCGACUCCACCAGGACCACGACGAGGAGACUCGCCAACUGCGCGACCAACUGGCGGAGCUGCAGCAAAGGGGUGAUGUCGGUAAUGCGGACAUGGAGCUGCAAGAAGAGAACAGGACACUCCGAGAGUCGCUGCUGGAACAGCGACAGGUGACCGACGAGGUGCGGAGAGAGGCCCAGGCAUUCAUGCAAGAGAUGCGCACAUUGUCACAGCAGAGCAUGUCGACCUACGAGAAGCAACUGGAGCUUGAGCAAACGGUGGCCCAGCUGGAGACCGAGGUCGUGCAAUGGAAGGGCCAGUAUACGCGCACCAAAACGCAGCUGCGCAGCAUGCGGGCCCCCUCGAUUGGCCUUACCGUUGAUCAGGAAGCUGGCCACAUGGUCAACCACGGAGUAUUCACGCAAGAGAACGGUCUGAUCAAGGAUAUUCACGUCACCAAGUUCCAGAUCGCGGUGGACGAGCUUCUGCAGAAGGCGCGCCUUGACCGCCCUGAGCUGGUGAUUGACGCCAUGAAGUCGGUUGUGGUCAACGUGCGACGCAUUACAAAGGACGUGGACGAAGGCACACCCACCGACGAGGCGUUUGCGCAGCAGAAGCCGAAGCUCAAGGCAAAGGUGUCAGCUGCCGCCAACCAUGUCAUCACGUCUUCGAAGAACCAUGCCGCGGGCGCUGGUCUAUCGCCCGUAUCGCUACUCGACGCGGCGGCGUCUCAUCUCACUGCUGCCGUUGUCGAGCUGCUCCGUGCCGCCAAGAUUCGCCCGACACCCGCCGAAGAACUAGAGGAGGAGGACGAUGGUAGCAUCACCCCCGUUGAAUUGAGCGGAUUCUUGUCCCCAGGCAGCACCUCUCACAUGCCAAACACGCAAGAAACCCUCCCUCCGCCUCCCGCAUUCAAUGGCUUGGGCGGCAUGCGCGCCAGCGCCGGGUCAUCCGCCUAUAGCCCGAUCAGCUCACCUCGGGAAUCCGUAGAGCCUCACGCCAGCAGAGGCCACAGCGGUUCGGGCUACGGCGCCAUGAACCAGGGCGAUACCAACGGCUACUCCCUGCCUCAAGAUGGCCGAGGCGAGGAUCUCAAGAUCAAUGACCACUACGCCUACUAA